CAACGCCGAGACUAAAGCGGAGAUACGGUGUGUAACGGUGCCCUGGACUAUUGUGGGUGAGGUUCUCUGAUGUUGGAAACAUGACCUCCAUCCAACUCUUCCCAAAUGUCGAACACAACCCCGUAGUGCCAAAGGAAUGGGGGUCGGGCAAACUAAAGGAGGACGUCAAUGUAUAUAUCCCGGGCCCCCCUACCUGGCAAUACAAGGGAGACCCAAUUGAUCAGUUCUACACCCUCACCAAACUCAAACUCAGCAAUGUCAGGAGCAAUGAUGCUUUACUUUCAAAACCACAAGAGGCUCCAAUGGGAGAAAUUCUCAUCAACAAAGAUUUCCCCGCGGAACACCCAUACAGUUCACACAUGCCUAGAUACUCACUCUUCCCAAAGUUUGAUUCACCGGAGGACCCAAAAAGGGGAGUGGCAGCCAGGAGAGUCCAACCAAUCAAUGCAGAGAUGCCAGCGACAGCACAUGAUGUCACAAUUCUCCACAAAUCAAAAGGACACGGACACAGACAGGAGGUUGAAACAAUUCCGAAGGAGUCGGAGAAGAGGGCACUGGAAUGGUCAGGAGAACAUGGAUUUAAUCAGCUUGUAAAGACACAUGGGGGAAGACAACAGUUUUACCCGAUUCCUCCCAAGACGGUUGCACCAAAUCUCCAGAACCGCUGGACAGAUAUGAAAGUUUCCGACCGUACAGCUAAUGCUUUACGCAACAUCGAGCGUAACCAGUGGCACACAACAUACGACCUCAACCACACUGGCCUCGGGCCUGCGAACCCUCUCAAGCUCGACAAUAUUGACGACAAGUAUGCCAAGUAUGAAGCUACUGGUCUGGAGGACGAUACACUGUACCCGAGAUCAAUAAACACGAUUGACCCUCCACGACCUAUCGAAGGGCGCAUUUCAAAGAUGUUGAUCCCGAAACCUCCAAACCAGAAACCUGACAAAUGUGGGGACCAGAAUACCGGUUAUGUAAGGAUGAUGACCCAUCAUGAGAAGGAAGAGGACCGUCUGUGGAAUGGUAAGGAGUAUGUGAAUCUACCCAACACCAGUAAAGCUGCCUCAAAGCAACACAAGACCCUACGCUGGAAGGAACUCAACGACGAGGCACACCCACAGGUGAAUAUUGACAAACUGAAUGAGACAACUGAUGGAGAAUUCCCGGAUGACAUUCCUUACGUCCCGACUGUAGGCGUACCUGAGAGGACAGAGGAGGAUUAUCUCACCACCACCAAGGUCAGAAAGGACAAAGAUAUCCAGGAGAUGGAGGCACAAAACCGCUUCAAGGUUUUGGAGGCCCAGACGCCCGGACAUGAGCUGACGGCCCUCAAUUGUAAGUACCAGCACUUAACAGACAAAGAAAUGCCGAGUACUUUCUACAGCCACGAGGGAAAGUACAAUGAGGAACGAGCUGGAAUGUAUCGUACCAGUUACCACCCAGAACGUCUCAGUAACAGCCUGAGUGGGCAGGAGCGAAGUCCACCGGAAAUCAUGAAUACGAUGCAUUCUCACGUGGAUGCUUUGAAUUUACCAACCAAGUUAAACAGGGAUAUGAAAGAUGCUCUGAGGUAUAGUCGAACCUUGAACUCCAGCAUGCCUAACCUAGCUGGAGAUAUGCGUGAUGCCUACGAGGUAUUGACCCCAUUACAUCAUGUCAAGGAAGCACAGAAGAUGAUGCUACAGCCGACAGAGGAUACCGCGCGAGUUCCUGUCCUGGAGAAGGAGAUGAUUCUCAAGGAAAGUGUAACUGGUAACAGCUACAACACUCACAAGUUUUUACAGGAGAACCAGCUUCCCAAGUUUGCUCGCCAGGAACCACUGAAUGUUAUGUCCACUGAAAAUCAAAACUUAGCCAAUGUUCGUCUGAUUUCUGGACUAAAGCCACAGAAAAGUGUGUCAUUUUCAGACAGCGUCACUGUGGCGAGCGGUGACGAGAAUGGAAACGUGCGUAUUAUCAGUGCUCCAUCAAGAAUGCAGAGAGGAGCUGAGAAAGAAAACAUUCCCCCGGGGAAUAUCUGUACCACACAAUAUACCAGUACCCAGGCACUGUACAAUCCAUUUAACGAACAGGAGGUACCUCCACAACAGGAACCCUCCAUCUUUGAGCUUCAGAUGAAAGCGUUGGCCGAGGAAAGAGAGAUGGAAAGACAGCUGGAAAAGAAAGAAACACCCACAAUGUCUGUCCGUCAACCAAGACGUCGUGCAGCAACUUCGUUAGAUACAGAAUACCAUGAUGAAUACAGGAGUUUGUCGUCAAACAUCGCCCCGACAAAUUUACGACAUUCCAUGCAGUUCAGCACAGCCUACCAGAACCAGUUUCCAAAUUACCACGACCUCACAUAUAAACAAGACCCACGGUUCAUGUGGGAGCCAGGUUUCGGCUCGCCAAGACCCCAGACCGACCUUGUUAAAAUGCAGGAUCGUUUCAGCAAGUCUUCUGUUCGAAAGAAGUUCCACAGCUGUUUCUCUGAGAGUAAUCCAGAUCUACGAGAAAAUAUAAUCAGUGGGAAAAAGCAUACAUUUUUUGGUAUGAAUGCCCAGAACCUACAUGGUUGAACAGUCAGUUGACUUAAAUUCAUAGAGUAGAUAAUUAUUGACCUUCCAUAUCAUCUGCUUGUGUCAUUACUUACAAAGGAUACUUUGGUAUGAAUUACAGCUUAUAAUAUGCCGACAUUUAAGUUUAAGACUUUUCAAACAAAGGUUGAGAAGGGUCAGGAGUAUACACAAUAGUAGACUUAUAUUCAGUUUUUGUAUCAUCUAAAAAAACAACAAACAAACUUGGUAAUGAUCUAACUAUCUUGCAUUACUUGACAUCUGAAUUUAAGUGAAACUCUAAACAACAAAAUGGACACUUCUUUGACUUGUUGAAGAGAUGAAUAAAAUGACCUGUGUUGUGGUCCAGCGAUACCGUUAUUAACAAGAUGACCGGUCAUGAUUUGAUCUGUCAAUUUGUUAAAUGAAUGAACUGGUAUGUUAUUUCUGUAUUUCUUUGUAUAGAUGUGAUUUGUUGAUAUAUACAUAUAUAUAAUCAUUGUAAUAUAUAUUGUAAAAAUAUGUGUACAUCAGUGUCACAAAAAUAUUGAUCCAAUUAUACUUUUUCUUUUGUACAAUUAUUGCUCUUUGAUCGAACUUUGGUUCAGUAAAUGAAACUUUUCCUGUUAUAAAGAUAUAAAAUGAAAUAUCUGAAUAGUGAUGGAAAUUCAGUAAGUAUAAUGUUAACUUCAAUGUCAUUUUAUAAUUAUAGAUUACUUAUUGAAAUUCAUCAGUAUUUUUUUCUUGCCCUAGUAUUUCAGUAUUUAACUGUUGUUAAUUACCAUGACCUCAAUCCUAAUGUUUGAAGAAUAGCAUUUUAUUUGGCCAGAUAAGUCUAUAUGUAUCAAUGUGCAUCAAUGACAAAAAAAAGAAUUAUAUCGAAAAACCUGUCUACAAAUUUAGGCCACUUACAGGGGCAGAAGAUAGUGGUCCUUAUAGCCAGGUCGACUUUACAUAGAGGUUCUGUACUAGGAUUUAUGUGAACAGGUGGUCUAUAUAGACAGGUUUCUGUUAUAUAGAGGUGACCCUUCAGGGUAGCUUGGACUGUAUUUAACUAAUUACUACACCAAAUAACUACAACCGUCUGAUACAGGAAACUAUUUGUCUCUGCUAUUUUAGAGGGGACAUGAAAAUACUAACCCUUUGAUUAAAUGACUUGCAUUUAAAAUACACUUAGUCAUGUUGGUUUAAUGAAAGGUGCUAAUUCCUAGUUGAAAUGUUAUAAUACCAGUAGCUUAGAUAUAUUUAUUCCAAUUUCAUAUAUCAGCCGCUUUCUUAGUCUAAUUCAAUUUUAAAUAAAAUGUACAUUUCUGUCUAGAUGAUAAAUGGCAGAUUUUAACAGUAAAAUGUUAUGAUUUUAAAUAUUUGAGAGAAAACAUAAACUGUUUUAAUUAAUACAUAAUGUAUUGGUACCAGCUGUACAUGUUGAACUGGAGGAUUUAUAAAUGGCCUAGUCAGAUCAUUCUGCUACACGUAUAGACACAACAUAUUUACACUUGGCUGAUCUGCAAAUUUAUUCUUCUGUCACAAGUACAAAAACACAACCGUCACAUGUUACUGAUCUGUUGAUUUAUCUAGUAUUAUCCAAGUUUAUCAAAUUUUCAAAUAAUAAAAAGAAAACAAAAUCAAAACUGAUUUUAUAGAUAUAAUCAAAAUUAUACCAAAAUUAUUACAUUAUCAUUUUUACAGACGAGGAUUCAGUUAGGGAGAAGGUGUACCUAAUAUAAGGAUUUGUCUCAAAAUCAUUUCAGUUCAAACUAGAUGCUGCUUUUUCAAAAUACUUUUUUUUAACUUUAUUUUUCUAGAUUUAUUUGUGAUACUUGGUCUUGUUCUGGUCAGAGUGACAACACUGGUUUGAUUUUAAUCUAUUGUCCAGUCUUUGUUGUUGUCCUCUUAUUUUUUAUACGAUUCAAAUACAUUUCUUGAGUUUGUUUGUUUUAUUUAUAAGAACACAUAUAUUUGGUAUACCAUAUACAUGUAUUAAAAAGAAAUCUUGUUAAAUAUUAUAGAUAUUUAUUAUGAUGCAUGAUCAUGUUCAUUAAAGAGCUUUGGUCAAUCAUAGUCAUGUUGAUGCUUUGCUUAUGGACCAGUCUUUAUCGAUCAUCAUGUUAUGUAGAUAGAUCUUGGUCAUUAUGAUGUUUGCAUUGAUGAAUCUUGGUCAUGGUAAUGCUUGAAUAGAUAAAUUAUUUCUAUUGAAAUGAUCUUGAUGAAUUUAUAUUCAGGAAUCAUGGUCACAUAAAUGUUUGUUUUAUGAUCAUAUUCCUGGUAAUGUUUGUUUCCUUGUGUCCAGUUGAUCACCGAACUGUGCUCAUUAUAUAUAUACCAGUAUCAGUAUUAUACCGUGGCGUUUCAUCACUCCUGUUUAUCAUUAUAGUGUUUGAAUGCUUUUCUCACCAAGUAAACUCCUACAUAUAUAUUGUAAAUUUAAAAAAUAUCACUCUGAAUGUCCACAGAUAAUUGUUUUAAUGCAUUGACCUUCAGUAACAGGUCUUAUUCAAAUAUUCAGGUUCAAAGGUCGAGCUGCAAGGAAUUUGAUGGAGAACUGAAUCUGUAAUAGGCAAUCUUAUUCUAGAUCUGAUAGACAUUUUACAGAAGUGAAUCUCGAUAGAACAUUGGUUCCCAUCAGUUGUAUAUUUGUGUUUAAAGAAAAUAUUUUUUUUUACAAAAUCAAACCAUUUGAUAACCCAACAAUGUACAACAUGUAUGGAAAGAGAUAAUUACAUCGAAUUAGAUUGCUACGAUGUUAAACUGUGGAUGAAAUAACAUAUCUGUGAUAUUAGAUAUAUCUGUGAUAUUGCCGUUAUACCCAGCACAAGUUUAUGGAUUUGUCUGGAGGUAGGAAGUUUGUGAGGAAUUUAUCAUAUUUAUAGUUGGUCUAUAUUAAUUGUUUAAUAUGUAUAUUUUUAUAGUUGGCUACUGUUAAUUGUUAUCUAAUUAAAUCGGCACACUUCUGAGAGAAUUUGACACAAAAUGGAUUUCAAUAUGAUCACAUAAACAUUGUCAGUGUUGUUUUAUCUUUACAAGGUUUAGAGGUUCUUGUGAAUGACCCUCAGUAUAAAUAUCAUGUGCUACAUUGUCAGAUUGACCGCACUGACCAGUGAUACAGAUAGGUCAAUUUCACUGUCCAGUCAAACCUCAGUGGGUAUAGAGAGACCUACUCGAGUUCGUUCAGAUUAAGAGGUUUUGUAAUCCAUGCCUGUUUAUAACAUUAGAUAUAUCUGUGAUUAUCAUUAACUAUAAAAUGUUUGAGCUGCUGAAACUACUUUAAUAAUUUAACCUUUACUAAGCUGUAUGACUAUGUGUUACCUUACAAAUUAUCAUAAAUGGCAGAGUUAUCUCCCUUUAAUGAUUUUUGGUUCAGAAUGAUUUUUUUCAGAGAAAAAUCUAUCAUCCAUAAAGACCAGUCUGUUAACAUAAGGAUUUUUCGAGUUUUCAUAAAUAAGAACUUUCUUGUAAAAAAAAAUGAGAAAAGAAUUAAGAUCAAGGUAAAGCUAAAAACUUAUGCUUUAAAUCGUGAAAUGUUUGAAAGCUUAAUACAUUGUAUGUAUUUUAAUUCUAUAUUUCCACAGUUCUACAUCACCAGAAUGAAGGAAAUCAAAUACAAGACUUUUUAAUAUCUUAUAAUUGGAUGUGUACGUGAUUCUGUUUUCUUUAGAGACAAGAACACAAACCCUGAUAACCAUUUUCUAUGCAGACCGAGAUUCAAUAGCCAGUGAGUUAUAGACUGCAGGCUGUUUCAGUAUUAUGUGUUGGUUGUGAUACUGUAUCUAAUAUAUUACCUUGUGAUUGAGUUGCACAUUCCUUUAUGCAAUAAACUUUGCUCAAGAAA